GAUGCCUCGGGCCGGCGGUCCCCGCGCGCCGCGCCCCGCCGCGCUGCCCCGCAGCCUGUCCCGCCUGCGCGAGUGCCCGGGCCGCUCCCGCAUCGUGCUGGCGCUCGGGGCCACGCAGAUGGCGCUCGGAUGCCUCAUCGUGGCCGUGAGCUUCGCCGCGCUGGCGCUCACCACCUCGGCCCGCGUCCGCCACUCCUGCCCCUUCUGGGCCGGCUUCUCGGUGCUGUUGUCAGGACUCAUUGGCGUCGUCUCCUGGAAAAGGCCUCUCUCCCUCGUGAUAACCUUUUUCAUGCUGCUCUCUGCGGUGUGUGUGAUGCUGAAUUUGGCUGGUUCAAUUCUCUCCUGUCAGAAUGCUCAGCUAGUCAGCUCUCUAGAAGGCUGUCAGUUGAUUAAGUUUGACAGUGUCGAGGUGUGUGUCUGCUGUGAGAUGCAGCACCAGUCGUCAGGCUGCAGCAACCUCGGGGACACGCUGAAGCUGAACCCGCUGCAGGAGGACUGCAACGCCGUGAGGCUCACGUUGAAGGAUCUCCUUUUCAGUGUGUGUGCCCUCAAUGUCCUCUCCACCAUUGUGUGUGCAUUGGCCACAGCCAUGUGCUGCAUGCAGAUGGUUUCCUCCGACGUCCUACAGAUGUUCCUUCCACAACGGGUGCAUUCGGCCAGCCCCGCCUGCGUGACCCCGCAUGGCACUGUUCUCCACCAGACCCUGGACUUCGACGAGUUCGUGGCCCCGCUCCCCCCACCCCCCUACUACCCCCCAGAGUACAGCUGCACGCCCUCGGCCGAGGCCCACAGGGGCCUCCACCUGGACUUUGCUCCCUCUCCAUUCAGCACUCUGUAUGAUGUUGCCAUCAACAGCCCCAGCCUGCUCUACCCUGCCGAGCUACCCCCACCCUACGAGGCUGUCGUGGGCCCGACCCCGGCCAGCCAGCUUACAAGUAUGGAUCAGCAGGUGACCGAGUCCAGCUCCGGGGACGCAGAUGCCACCACUGGCUUCAGCACGCAAGCACCUGCCGACAGCACGAGCCUCCCGGCAUCAGAGGGCACUGCCACACGCGGCCCGAACCUCACGUCCCCCGAUGGCCCUGUGGACACCCAGUCACCCCUGCUGCCUGCCCAGCACCCUGGCCAUGCAUCCCCAGAGGGCCCGGACCAGGGCACACGGGUGUGGCUGGGUCCCGGGCGCGUGGCUCGCUCCGCCAGUGACCCCACCUCUUGCACGUCUGGCAUGGCAGGCAACGCCUCUUCACACGCCCCCUCCUGCAGCCAAGACCUCGAAGCAGGACUGUCCCGGGCUGCUCUGGGAACCGUUUCCCUGUCUCGCUCUGUCGUGGCCGCCUGGGCUUGUCGGCAUCAGCUUUCAGCCUCGGGGGAACCGAAUACCUGGAAAACCCACCAACCGUUAAAGCCAGAGGCCUUACAGACGGUCUCCAAAGAGCGGCCGCGCUCCUUAGUGGACAGCAAGGCCUAUGCGGACGCCAGGGUUUUGGUGGCUAAAUUUUUGGAACACUCCAACUGUGCCCUCCCUCCUGAGGUGCGGCACGUGGUGGGCGCCAUCCGCUCGGCGGUCACCUCUGAGGAGCGCCACAUGGAGGAGGCCGUCUUCAGCGCCAGUGUUCUGGACCAGGUGUGAGCGAGGCACAGUUCUAGAUGUGCACACGGACAGGCCUGCUGCCGGAGUGUCCUGCCGGAGGCCGCCAUGCUCUCGGGGGGAGGCCUGCAGCCCAGGAGUGUCUCUGGGGGGCUCGAGAGGAGAACUCCCGUUCCCUCUCUUCAGGGGGGUCCGAUCAGUUGCUUUCGUGGGACGACACUUCCUAUAUUCCAGUAAUACAGAGAAUGACUCUCUCAUGUCCGUCGUGAACUCUUUGGUUUUGUCAGGCAUGUAGCACCUUGAACCAGCCAGCGUUACAGGAAUACAGUGACAGGUGACACUCACAUAACUAAAGACACGAAGUAUCUUCAAAAUCAAGGCCAUUAAAACACAGGAUUCUCCCCCCAACCCCGAAUUAGUUUAGUGUUAAGUGGAUAGAGGCUGACAUCACAUAAUGAGACCAUUUUCCCAUGUCGUUUGUGUCACUCAAUGAUCAACUUUUUAUCUUAUGCUGACUUUAAAGAAAAUAGGUAAUAUCAGCACAGAUGGCAGCCCGGGCCCAACUUCCUGCCCACAGGGCUACAGGGCUGUUGUGCAAACAAAUAUACAAUGGGGGACCCCACCGUGGCCUGGCCACCCCCCCGAAGCAGACAAGGGUGGCAAGGGACUUUGAGGGACCACCCCCCCAUCACCUUGUCUCCCAGGCCUCCCUUCUGGGCCAUCCCCUUGUGGGGUGCCUUCCCCCCUUGCUCUCUGGCUCUCUCUGUCCUGUCUCCCACUCUUUAACUGGUUCCAGUAGGGAGCCGACUCUUAGUUGUUACUUGAUCCCUAGCAGUAAGCACCCGUGGCGAGCCCCUCUGGGGGUUUCCCCUGUAUCUGCCCUCGCCAGAAAGGCGUGCAUGGGUGCAGGUCUGGGGGAAGAGGCCAUCUCUCCGGGACACGUGCACCUCCUGAGGAAGCAGGCCUCUGGUGAUCCAGGGCAGUCCCUUCCCCAGCAAGGCAACAGCAGACACACCUGCUUUGGAGGAUGCAGGUUGUAAAUCAUUUAUUUCCGUAAAACACCCACUGAGUUGGGCAUGCAGAAGCAGGCAGGCAGGCCCAGCCUCCUCCGCAACAGCAGCUUGGGCACCCCGCCCCUCAUGUUCUGGCAACAUCAACAGCAUCUGCUUCCCAACAGCAGCCCUGAGGCAGCACUGUCCUCGAGGGAACUUUCUGCAGCCAUGGGACUGCCGGUACCUGUGCCAUCCACAACGGGAGCCAGCACCUGAACUGAAACUGUGGCUAGUGACCAUUCAUGGACAAAGCAGCCCAGGGCCCAAAGUUCUCAACAAAGAGCCCACGGGCCUGGCACAGGAGCACAGGGGGAGGACAGAUGGGCACCCACAACUGCUCAGGGCCCAGCAGUCUGGGGCCGCGUGCUGCCUUCCCCUCUGCUCUACGCCCCCCUGUAGCCAGUGUGCUGGGUGCAUCUGUGUGCUGCCCUCCCCUCUGCUCCACGGCCCCCUGUAACAUCUGUGUGCUUGAAGCUGGGAAUGAGGCAGCAGGGAGGGUUUCAAGCCCAGCCACCCGGAGCCCCUGGGAACUGAGGCAUGGAAGCCAGCAGCGACAGUCGGCUGCGAACACUUUGAGUGCUUCACUAAGGUUAUUGGUCAUUGCCUCCCAGAAGUGAGACAGCUGGAAAAAUAUAAAUCAGGCCUUUUGAUGACAACCAGAACUUUCCCACUAGAGACAUACCAGAGAUGAAUUUAUGAGCACUUUAUUCAGACUAUAAAACAGGCAAUCUAGCCUCUAAUUCUUCUCCUGAGGGCUUUUGAAGUUCCCAAAAGCAAGUCCCCUUGCAGGUAGAGUUAACUGACAGUUUUUCUAAGUGGCCUCCCCUGAGCCUGCCAGCAAAGUGUUAAUGGCCCCCAUGCCCUAGCCUCUGAAUCAGGGCAUUUGUCAGGUCUCUGGAGAGGGGGCCAGAGCUUAUCAGUGGUUUCACCUGCUUGGGGGAGCCACACUCCAGCUUGGGGGCUCACACAGCAGUGUCCCUGUGCCGAGCCCUCAGGCGGGUUAAGCCUGCAGUUGUCAGACCCCGCUGCAGUUCGAGCGAGGCCAACCCAUACCCUCCCCAUCCCCACCUCUGGGAUGGAGCUCUCAGCAUCAGUAUUUUUACUGGGCAGCCAGGGUGAGUGAGUGCCAGGAGUCCUGGCCUGGUGCUGUGUCCUUUGCGUCUCCUCCCUACAGCAGGACAGUAUCUUUUCUGCCAUCCGGAUUCCCACCACAGGCUGUGCCUCCACUAAGGUGCAUGCAGGUGCUCUGGCCUGAAGCCCGGCGUCCCGGACGUUAUGAGUGCUCUGUCCUUCACACGCCCUCUCACGCUCAGUUUUGUAUCUGCUCUCAUAGCAACUCCAUCCUGCAGAUGAGGAAACUGUACCCAAUUUUAUACCACUGGGCUAGAACCUUCUGCCUCCUAACAACAGGGCUGUCAAGACGGCAAGGGGGCGCAGGAAAGGGCCCUGGAAGAGAGGGGUGCCAGUAGAUCCACAAGGAAUGGGCCAGGGACCCAAUCCACCAGCCCUGGUGCCCUUGACCCUGCUCGCUCAGCAGCUUCCAGGAGCCAGAAGCCUCAGCAACGAGCACCCUGAGCCCCAGACCAUGUGGGCACAUGGCCAGGGGGAAGCUGGUUUCCACCCCUUCGCUGAUGUACCCUCUCCCACCUGGGAGCCUCGCGCACUCGGUCUCUGAAAGGGCCCCUCACCCCAUCCAGCUGGGUCCUGUUCUCCUCGCUCUCCUUAACAUGUCAGCAGGCCCGGGCAGAGCUUCCGGGCUGCAGCAGGGCAGGCAAGGCAUGGGACCCCCACCACCUGCAGGGACCCCUCCCCACCUGCACAGGCCUGGGUCCUGGGCACUCUCCCUGCCGUAUCCAAGAUCUGAAGGGAGCCACAGCCUCUCCAGACACUGCCGUUUGACCCUGGCCUGGGAGCUGCCAGGAUGCUGAGGUGGGCGAGCUCUGGACCCCAACUCUGUGGCCAAGAAGCAGGGGACUCAUCCUUCAGGAGUACUUAAAAGAAGUCUCCUUCAGCUGGCGACACUGAUCCAAACCAAAAGCUUCUAACAAACAAACAGAAAGCUGAUUUCAAAUGGAUAUCUUUACCCCCCUCAGCUGCAUUGAUUCACAGAUGCUGCUAUUAAGGCAGAAUUUAUAGAAAAUUGUUUUCAAGCCACAGGAGACCUGUUUGUACAACUUGAAGGUUGUAUUUAUUUAAUGUACCUCAAGGUGUUUUCAUAAUGAUCA